AGUCUUGCUGCUCCACUCUGACGGCGUGUGUUGGAGGGGAAGGGUGAAGCUGCACAGCAGCACUACAGUCUAAUUAAAGAACCAACGUCCCAAUCAACGGCGUUUUCAGACGUAGUAGAAAGGAUUCUCACGAAAAUCAUAUGCAAGGAACCGUGAGUUCAAGUGCCAGAAGGCGUCGGUGACCGUUGAUCAACGGCUGCGCUAGCUGUUGUGCUAACACUCGUCAUCAGACAUCAUCAAUCCAAUCCGUUUCUAACUGUAUCACCGCGAGCUUCUCUCGCGCUUUAACCAGCAGUCAUUGAGUUGAUUUGCCCCGCUGGAAAGGGUGUUGGAGCUGAACCCCUUCCUGUGGCUCCUGUGCUCCCCCGUCACCUUUGCCCCCCUCUUUCACCCGAAACACUGGACACACACAAGCGGCCGGAGAACGGCGAGAGGCCCGUGAAGCUGGGGGUGGUACCGGACUCGCUCGCUUUAGGAGCGCCUAAAGAAAGGCUCAGUCGUGGGGACUCGCUGACCAACAUGGACGGGUUGGCUGUGGAGGUGCGCGGCUCCAACGGGGCCUUCUACAAGGGUUUCAUCAAAGAUGUACACGAAGACUCCCUCACAAUAGUCUUUGAAAACAAUUGGCAACCGGAGAGACAGCUGCCGUUCAGUGACGUGAGGUUGCCGCCCACAGCCGAUUACCACAAGGACAUUUGUGAGGGAGAUGAGGUGGAGGUUUACUCCAGAGCCAACGAGCAGGAGCCCUGCGGCUGGUGGAUGGCGAGGGUGAGGAUGAUGAAGGGAGAGUUCUAUGUGAUCGAGUAUGCAGCCUGCGACGCCACGUACAACGAAAUCGUCACAUCGGAAAGAAUCCGGCCAGUCAAUCCCAACAGCCCCUCCUCUGAAAACUCCUUCUACAAAGUCCCUAUUGCUGUACCCGAGGAUCUCAGAGAAAUCUGUUUAACUGAGAACAUCCACAAAGACUUCAGGAAAGCAAUCGGCGCCAACUGCAUCUUCUACAACACCUCUACACACCAACUAAUUGUCCUGUCCACGAACGAGUCCACGGUGAAACGAGCAUCUCUACUGAGUGACAUGCACUUCCGGAGUAUUCGCACCAAACUCAUGCUGAUGUCCCGUAAUGAGGAGGCCACCAAACACUUAGAGACAAGUAAACAGCUGGCGUCUGCGUAUCAGGAGGAAGUGAGGGUGCGCGAGGAUCUGAUGGGUUUGGCCAUCGGUUCUCACGGAGCCAACAUCCAGCAAGCUCGAAAAGUUCCCGGCGUCACAGCCAUUGAGCUGGAGGAAGAGAGCUGCACAUUCAGGAUCUACGGAGAGACCCCAGAGGCAGUAAAGCAGGCCAGAACUUUUCUGGAGUUUAAAGAGGAUUCCUUCCCGGUUCCCAGGAAUCUCGUCGGCAAGGUUAUCGGCAAAAAUGGCAAAAUCAUCCAGGAAAUAGUAGACAAAUCAGGUGUGGUUCGGGUCCGGAUCGAAGGGGACAAUGAUAAAAAGCUGCCCAGGGAGGAGGUAGGCAGGCAGGGGGCAGGCAGAGACAGCACUGUCAGCAGCCAAGAGGGAAUGGUUCCUUUUAUCUUUGUUGGAACCAAAGAGAACAUCAGUAACGCCCAGGCUUUGCUCGAAUACCACGUGGCCUACCUUCAGGAGGUGGAGCAGUUGCGUCUGGAGCGUCUACAGAUCGACGAGCAGCUCCGUCAGAUUGGGGUGGGAUAUCGCGCAGCCCCCAGCCGCUCGGGGUCAGGGGUCGCCGGUGAGCGUGAGCGGGGAUACCUCACGGACGAGAGCACUAACUCUGUGCAAACCACGCGCACCUACGGAGGAAGAGGACGUGGACGCAAAUCUAACAAUGCGUACUCCGGCUAUGGAACAAACUCUGAGCUGUCGAAUGCGUCAGAGACUGAAGAGAUGGGGGAGCGGGACCUCAGGCCCAAGGGGGUCGGGUCCGACGACCGGGGCUCCAAGCGUGGAGGUCGGGGCCGAGGCUCCAGCGCUGGCAGGGGCCGUGGAGGACCGGGGCCCCGAAACGCUAGCACCAUCAGCUCUGUGCUCCGAGAUCCAGACAGCAACCCGUUCUCUCUGCUGGAGGGAGACGGUGAACUGGGCGGCGACACAGACGCCAGUGAGAACAUGGGCGGCAUCGACCGCAGGAGACGCUCACGCCGUCGCCGUAAUGACCAGGAACCCAGCCUUAUGGAUGCAGCGGCUAACGAAUCCGACAGUCAGGCCGCCGCCAGUGAGAACGGACUGGAAGAGGAAGGCCGGCCCCAGCGUCGCAACCGGAGCCGCCGGCGCCGUAACCGUGGCAACCGUCCCGAGGGAGGAUCCACCAGCCGGGACAGACAGACAGGUGACACAGUUUCUGUGGCGGACUUCAUCUCUCGUGCCGAUUCCCAGAGCAGACAGAACCUCCCAGGGAAGGAGGCGGUGACGCCACUCGUGUCCCAUCCCAAGGAGAACGGGACCAGCGUGAGUAAGGAAGAGCUGGCUCCCUCCAAGCGCUCCCCGAGUAACGGCGUGGCGUCGGCCGGGGGGGCCGUGGCCCUGGUGAACGGCGUCUCGUAAAGCUCAUCUCGCCCACGUCUGAAGCAAGACACCAUGGCAAACUCUGUUCCUGCUUGCAUUCACGUAAACCUUUAAACUGACGAAUGAAAAUCGACUAAAACCCUUGAAUUCAUACAAGUCUACGAGAAGAAAAUGAGACGCACACAAAAAAAAAAUGACGAACGCAUCUACUUAAAACCACACAUAACGGUGUAUGUUUAUCCUAUCUAUCAGUACUUAGUGCAUAUUUAAGACAAGCUUGCCAAAAAUGAGCUGAUGGAUAUGACUUAAAUUUCUGACAUAACACAGAAAACAGGACGUGACUAUUUGGGUUUUAUUUUCGAUAAUUUUUAUUUUUUUUUUGCUGUUGUCGUUGCUGUCAUUGUUUGUUUUUGUUUUUGUUUGUACUCACUGGUGUGGGACUGUGAAAACACUCCCGAACAGACGCAUCUCUGAAACAGUGUUAGCUAAACGAGGGCGGAGCUAGCGGAGAGGCGACGGGUUGAAGGCGGAGCCUCUCGUGAGGGAUUGUGGUACUCGGAGUUUAAGGGCAAGACGGAGAGACAUUGUGCCUUGAAUUUGAAAAAAAAAAAAACUUGAGUAUUUUCUGUUUUUCCUUAAUAUUUGCGUUGUCCAUGAGAUGAAGUAGAUGGUUCCUGUUUGUUUGGUGUUUUAUUUUGUGUGAGGAAACGAUUAUGCAGACUAAAGAGAAGUGCGAAAGAUUAAUGCCAAACAUGAAAUUAGGAUGUUUUCGUCCAAGGUCAAGGUGUUAUUUGAAAGCCGUUUAAUGUGUGUUUGUGUGUACGAGUGUGUCCGAUUGUACGUUAUGAGCAUAUAUAUUAAGAGGAGCGUUACACGAUCCAAGAGAUCCCCAAUGGAUUCGGUCUCUGUGGUUGAAACGGAGGGAAAGUGGCACACGUGUCCAAACACAGAACUAGAGAGAGACGUAAACCAACCAGCUGACGUGGUCACAGUGUUGAUUCAUUUCUAGGUUUUCAACAUCUGUGUCCGCAGCGUAGCUUCUGGUGGAAGGAAGGCAGUGUGAGUGUGGAAAUAAACACACGCACUCGACAGCUUCCGGUCUGGUGCGAUAUGUUUGGUCUAUGGUCUAGAAGGCUCUCUGAGAAGAUGAAGCCUGGAACACUGAGACUGAUGCUUUAGCCCACACACACACACACACUUGACAUCUUCCGGUCUGGUGUCUAUGUUUGGUCUUUAUGGUCUAGAAGGCUCUCUGAGAAGAUGAAGCCUGCAACACCGAGAUUGAUGCUUUAACACACACACACA